AUAUUUGGGGGGCGUUCGUGGGAGCAGUACUUAAAGUGCUUUUCCUUAGAGAAUUUGUUAGGUUUGGAACCUGAGAGGAAAAUAAAGAGCGUACGCGACCUAUUUCCCCGGGGGACUGAGAUCGCGACGGACAACCAGGAAGCGGCUGGGCCGGGAGCUGUCGCCGGUUCUGCGCUCGGCUCCCGAGGGCGGCUCCCAGGGUUCCUGCGCCGUGGUCCCCGCGCCCGCGUGACGCCCGCCCGGCCUGGGCUCCGGCUCGGGCCUGUCACUCCGGAGCCGCCAUGUCGUCCGACUUCGAAGGCUACGAGCAGGACUUCGCGGUGCUCACGGCAGAGAUCACAAGCAAGAUAGCCCGGGUCCCUCGACUCCCGCCGGAUGAGAAGAAACAGAUGGUUGCAAAUGUGGAGAAACAGCUUGAAGAAGCGAAAGAGCUGCUUGAACAGAUGGAUUUGGAAGUCCGAGAGAUCCCGCCCCAGAGCCGAGGAAUGUACAGCAACAGAAUGAGGAGCUACAAGCAAGAAAUGGGAAAACUUGAAGCAGAUUUUAAAAGGUCACGGAUCGCCUACAGUGACGAAGUACGCAAUGAGCUCCUGGGGGACGACGGGAACUCCUCGGAGAACCAGAGGGCACAUCUGCUCGAUAACACAGAGAGGCUGGAAAGGUCAUCUCGGAGACUAGAGGCUGGGUACCAAAUAGCGGUGGAAACCGAGCAAAUCGGCCAGGAGAUGUUGGAAAACCUCAGCCAUGACAGAGAAAAGAUACAGAGAGCACGUGAAAGACUUCGGGAAACAGAUGCCAAUUUGGGGAAAAGCUCCAGGGUCCUGACGGGGAUGUUGCGAAGAAUCAUCCAGAACCGCAUCCUGGUUGUCGUCCUGGCCGUCAUCCUGGUCGUCACCAUCCUGAUGGCCAUCGCUUUUUCUGUCAGAAGACACUGAUGUAUCGGCUUGUCCUUGAUAAACAGCAACAGCGGCUUGUUCUGAGUAAUUAAGACAAAAUGGUCACAUGAAUCAUUCUUUUGCACUGACAGACCCUGAAUGACCCUCCCUCCCUCUCACCACUGUUCAGCUGGAGUGCAAAGAGUGUAAAAAUAUUUUUUAUUCUUAUUUGCAUGUGGGUUGGUGUCCUUUUCUAGGUUUGUCUUCACCCAGAUUUGUUUUUUAUAGGGGAAGGUGAGGGUUUAUUUGCCUUUUGGUAAUUUCACCUACUGACCAAAAUAGCCUUGGUGACAGUCUUCCUUGCCCUGUGGACAUGUCAGGGGUCAUGGUUUGGAAGAGGGCAUAAUAAGUCUGUCACUGGGGCUUCUGAUGGGCUGUGCUGUUUGUCACACACCUCUUGUCACCAAAUUGCCCUUCUGUGAUGUCCAAGGCUAAAAAUGCAGAGAAAAGCAGGGAUCAGAGCCAGUGACCAGAUUCAGCUCACCAGCCCUGUUCCCACCCUAGCAUAAUGAACAUAGUCAACCCGCCUGAGUGCUUUCAUUGUAAAGGUGGGCAGUUAACGUCAGUUGUGCAGGAAAUUGACUUAGCACUUUCUCUGUUUUUCUAUGCGUAAUUUUUUUUUACACCCAAGAAUAUUUUUGCUGAGCCUGCCCAAUAUCCACUUUUCACAACUUUGAUUACUGGCUACAAGAAAUAUUUCCAUACCUUCCCCAAAUCCCAGACUCCCCAGAAUUUGCUGGCAGAGCGAGCCCUGGCUCCGUAUUUAAUUGUGACCUCCUCUCCCCUGACCUGUGUAAGCAUUCCUGUAUCCUUUCGGUUUUAAUAUUUGCGCUGCCAAAAGCAGCCCUCAUACAUGCAAAAGGUCUGACAAGGUUCUCUCCACAUCCAUUCCGGUAUGUAAAGAGAACAUGAAUAUUUCAGGAAGAGCAAGAACAUGACUCCGUCAGUGUGAAAUUUCAAAUGUGAUUAUAAAUAUGGUAGAGUCCUAUAGGGUGAUCCACUAGGAAUAAACUUUGUGGAAAAUGUGUGAUAACCUUCUUUAAAAGAAAAGGGAUUGCAGCGCGUUGCAAAGAGACAGCUUGGGUUUUUCACUAACAAAUGUCGGCACAGCCUUCCUGAAUUCACGAUGUAUUCAAACCUCUAACGGGCUUUGUGAUUUUCUUUGGUUUCUCUCUGUCCGUGGUAACUGGGAAUAGCGUUCAAAAUGAGUUCAUUUAUGAUGAGCUUCGAGUUGCCCAAGCUGAGGUCAUUUUCCCCCUAGUCAUGAAGCAAAGCGUGUGUUUCUUUAAGACUUCAUAGGCACUUACAGGGUCCACACUGUCUUUUGAAUAUAAUUGGAAGCUCUGAGUCCUUGAAAAGCAAACCCAUUCUCUUCAUAAAAAAUGCUAACCACCUGUGCCCAUGGCUGGAGAUCACCUAGAUGCAGCACUUCAUAUAUUUUCCCCCCAACUCAGAAGAGAACCAUUAUGGUUUAGGGAGGAAAUGCAGAAUGGCAAAAUCCACCAGAGAAAUCCUGUUCCGAUAAAUCAUUUAGUAUUGUGUAAAGAGAGCUGCAGCCUUUACUUUGUGGGGAUGGUGUGAGAUUUUGCCAGAGCGAAACAGGCCAACCAAGGAGUGGGAAGGCUGUACUGAUUUUCCCAUCGGCUUAAGGGAUCCACUCAGCGAGAAUUCUUUAUUCUGAUAACAGAAUUCUGUACGUGCUGAACACAUCGAAGAAACCAUUAAAAAGCAAGGAAACAAACAACCCA